UUCUGGAUUUGUAUGUGUGUGUGUGCAGAAGUGAGAUAAUGUUUUAGAAUUUUUAGCGGUCCCCUUCUUUAGCAGAACACUCCUAGGGAAUAACACAAGAGGAUUCAGAAAGCGUUCAAACUUUGGACUGGACAAACUCAGAAUGGUGCUACAUGGAAACUCUGGACCUACUGACUUUAGAAGAUGGUUUGUUCUCUUGAGUCCCUCCACUGUGGCUCUGGUCUCAGUUCUCAGUUCCUGCUUGAUCACCAAUUCUCUUGGAGAAGCAGAGAAGGAGCUGAGGCUGGCGGACGGUGAAGACAGGUGCACUGGGAGAGUGGAGGUGAAAGUCCAGGAGGAAUGGGGAACUGUGUGUAAUAAUGACUGGGGCAUGGAUGAGGUCUCCGUGAUUUGUAGGCAGCUGGGUUGUCCCACUGCUAUCAAAGCCACUGGAUGGGCUAAUUCCAGGCCAGGCUCUGGACGCAUUUGGAUGGAUCAUGUUUCUUGCCGAGGGAAUGAGUCCGCUCUCUGGGACUGCAAACAUGAAGGAUGGGGAAAACAUAACUGCACUCACCAACAGGAUGCUGGUGUGACCUGCUCAGAUGGGUCCAAUUUGGAGAUGCGGCUGAUGAAUGGAGGCAACCAGUGUUCUGGAAGAAUAGAGGUCAAGUUCCAAGGACAGUGGGGAACAGUGUGUGAUGAUAACUUCAACAUAGAUCAUGCUUCUGUGGUUUGUAAACAACUUGAAUGUGGAAGUGCUGUCAGUUUCUCUGGUUCAGCUAAUUUUGGAGAAGGUUCGGGACCAAUCUGGUUUGAUGAUCUCGUAUGCAGUGGAAAUGAGUCAGCUCUCUGGAACUGCAAACAUGAAGGAUGGGGAAAGCAUAACUGUGAUCACGCUGAGGAUGUUGGAGUGAUUUGCUUAGAUGGAGCGGAUCUGAGCCUGAGACUGGUGGGAGGAGUCACUGCAUGUUCAGGAAGAUUAGAAGUGAGAUUCCAAGGGGAAUGGGGGACAGUGUGUGAUGAUGGCUGGGAUAGCAGUGAUGCUGCUGUGGCAUGUAAGCACCUGGGAUGCCCAACUGCCAUCACCGCCAUUGGUCGAGUUAAUGCCAGUGAAGGAAGUGGACACAUUUGGCUUGACAGUGUUUCCUGCCACGGACAUGAGUCUGCCCUCUGGCAGUGCAGACACCAUGAAUGGGGAAAGCAUUAUUGCAACCAUAAUGAAGACGCUGGUGUCACAUGUUCCGAUGGAACAGAUCUGGAGCUAAGACUUGUAGGUGGAGGCAGCCGCUGUGCUGGGACAGUGGAGGUGGAAAUUCAGAAACUGGUAGGGAAAGUGUGUGACAGAAACUGGGGACUGAAAGAAGCUGAUGUGGUUUGCCGGCAGCUGGGAUGUGGAUCUGCUCUCAAAACAUCCUAUCAGAGUUAUUCCAAAACCAAGGCAACAACAACAUGGCUGUUCUUAGGCAGCUGUAAUGGAAAUGAAACUUCUUUCUGGGACUGCAAGAAUUGGCAAUGGGGUGGACUUAGCUGUGAUCACUACGAGGAAGCUAAAGUUACUUGCUCAGGUAAGACUUUCUAGCAACAUGUGAAGAACGUGAAUUCCAAGAGUGUAAAUUUCCAGUAACAGCCUUGAAACUGAUGAGAGACAUCGGUCCCUAGGACUAGACAUCACUCAAGCAACCAGAAAAUAUCUAUCCCAUUGUGCAAAUUUCAGAGAAACUUGUCAUUCAUUUUGUACCUUGGUCGCAGGUUUGUUUU